UCUCUGGUUUCGUCAUCAGAUACAAAACUGCGCAGUUGAUGAGCGAAAAUAUUUCGCCCUUUAAGGGCGCAUUGCAUCAGUGUUAAGUCCACGCAAUCAUUAAGCUUAUAGGGCUUAAGUUAAAGGCCUCUUUUGGGGCCAGCGGGGGGAAAUUCUGCAUCGCAGCAGAUGGCAACAAGGAGACGAUGCGACAGAAGUUGCUAGCUUUAUUCAAGCGUGGGAAAGAGUUAUGGGGCAGAGUUGGGAAAGUCCAUGGUCGAGGUGAAGGGCUUGAAAGUGCAUUUGGUUAUCCUGCAAGAGAGCUGGUGACGAGGCAAGAGGCAUGGAAGACAUCAGUCAGGAGCUAUUUCAAGUUACCAGCACAGAUUCAUCGAGUUGCAGCACAGCGUUUCGCAGCACUUAACCAGGUCAGAUCUGGCGGACGCGUCCCUGCUCUAGGAUUAGUAGGAUUUGGUUUAGUCAGCAAUCUAAAUGCUUCGGAGGCAAAAACUGAAGAUCUGCUCUGCAGUGAGAUUCAAGAGCUUUUCAAAUCAUCAUAUGAAAAAGUUGAGGCCAAACCCUGUUCAACAGAAAUUGGAUUCUGCCUUGAAGAUUAUACAUUUGGAAACAUAAUCGCAAAGGGCUGCAAUGCAGCUGUGUAUGAGGCAAAACUAACAGAAUAUUUCUAUACAGGCUCAAACACCAGCCUUUCUCUCAAUGACUAUGACAUACCAAAAGAAGAGGAGCUCUCUACUUUUAACACUGAUGUUGCCAUGAAAACAUUGGAAGAUGCUGUACUUGAUGACCAGGUCAAGGUUACUGAGAUUAGCCAAUCAGAACAGUCCUCAGAGGUGAUGUCAUCAGGUGAUGAAGCUGACUUCAGUUUUUGUAGUGAUGAUGACCUGGAAUCAGGCACACAGGGCUUGAAUCACCAAGAUAACAACACAUCAGCUGACUGCAACUUGGCUGUGAAAGUCAUGUUCAACUAUCAUGUGGCAUCCAACGCAGAGCUGAUCCUCAGAGAGAUGAGCAAAGAAAUGGUGCCUGCCAAGAUGGCUGCUUCCAACACCGACAUGGAUAUGUGGGAGAAUGGGAACCGUGUGAAAAAGAAAAUGAAACUUCCCCCUCACCCCAACAUUGUGGACAUGAGACAGGUGUUUGUUGGAGAUGUUUUAGAGCUCAAGGAUUGUUUGAAGGAAUUCCCGUGCCCUCUACCCCAGAGAAUCAACCCAGAAGGCUGCGGCAGGAAUAUGACCAUGUAUCUGGUGAUGAAAAGAUACUCCUGUACCCUGGAGGAAUACCUCACCACUCACAGCCCCUCCCUGGAGACCAGGAUCCUGGUACUGGCACAGCUCCUGGAGGCAGUGGUACACAUGGGCAGGCAUGGGAUUGCCCACCGUGACCUUAAGGCCAAUAACAUCCUGGUUGACCUUCAGGACAACAGAGAUUCCUCUCCGCAGGUGGUUGUCACAGACUUUGGGAACUGUUUGUGUGACCAAGAGAAUGGGCUGGUCAUCCCCUACUGGACAUCAGAAGUAGGGAAGGGUGGAAACCCAGCUCUUAUGGCUCCUGAGAUAGCCUGUGCCUCCCCUGGUCAGUGCAGUUACCUUGACUACAGGAAGGCAGACCUCUGGGCAGUUGGCACACUGGCCUUCCAAAUCUUUGGGCUGACCAACCCGUUUCAUGGCCAAGGCCUAGACAGCAGGUUCUAUAAGGAGGAGGAUUUGCCUUGUUUGCCAGAUAACAUCCCAGUCCUCAUAAAGAUGGCUGUAUAUAGUAUGCUGAUGAGGGAUCCAAAUGAGAGGCCUGAAGCAGACACCAUAGCCAACCUUCUCCAUUUAUAUCUCUGGCAAGAGCACCUGCUCCCACUGGGCUGGUCUGUCCUGACCUCUGGGGGCAACCAAAACCAGAACAAUCUGCAAAGGGGGAUCCUCAUGACCUGGCUUCUGACCUUGACUGCUGAGGUCGUUUUCAGCCCGGGGAGGUCAUUCUGUUCCCACAUGAACUGUAGGCAGCAGUUGAAGAGGUCCCUGCUGAGGAGGGCAGAUAUGACUGGACUGUUGAAAGCCGUGGAGUUUUUGGAAGCUUGUUGUUAACUGCGCUGUGUGAAGGUCCGCAGUGUUGUUAACAAUGCAAACAUCAAGGACUUUUGUACUUAGGAACUUUGUAGCUGUUUAACUUUGGUUAUUUGUGAUUUAUUUAUUGUGCUAGAAACUUUAGCAGUUGGCUAUAAGAAAUCAUCUCUCUUUUGUGUGGAGGGUAAUAAGAUUACCAUAAUAAAACAGAAUUCUCUAGCUUGAAGAAAUGGUACUUGUUUCUUGUGCCACUGGCAAUUUUUUUUCUACCACUCAAUAAACCAACCAACGAAAAACAA